CAGGUAGGAGAAAGUGCAGAAAAUUCUAAUGAAUGUUAAUAAGUAAUUAAGAUUGAAAGCUAGCUUUUAACUUCUCCAAAACGUAUGUUAUUGUCGAUAUGUAAUUAAUACUUUGAUAUGGCGAAUAACAACGGCAUGUUAAUAACCACAAGUCGCUGUGCGAAAGCACUGCAGCUCACCCUCGCAGUGAUCAAGCCUGAUGCAGUGGCGCAUCCUGUCAUCUUGGAGGCCCUUCACCAGAGAAUCCUAGAGAACAACUUCAUCAUUGUCAGGUCCAAAGACCUGGUGUGGAGGAGACAGGACUCUGAGAAGUUCUACUCUGAACAUGCAGGACGGUUCUUCUACCAAAGACUGGUUGAGUUCAUGUCCAGUGGUCCGAUGCGGGCCUACGUCCUGGCUAGAGAGGACGCCAUAACCCACUGGAGAGAACUGAUGGGUCCUACCAAGGUGUUCAGGGCCCGCUAUACCUCUCCCUUAACCAUCAGAGCCCAGUACGGACUCACUGACACCAGGAAUACCACACACGGCUCUGAUUCGGCAGAGUCGGCGCGGAGGGAGAUCAGUUUCUUCUUCCCAGACUUCAGUCAGGAGACGUGGAUGGAGAGAGAGGAGCUGAGGUUCAGGAAGAGACGCAUGGAGGACAACCAGAGGAAACAGAUACACACGUUACCAGUUCACAGCUAACUGCUGAUCUCAGUACACAUUUAAACAAAUAUUUGACUGGACCAGGGGCCUGCGUUCAUAAAAUAUCUCAGUAAGAGUGUACAGUUUAUUACAGUACCAGUCAAAAGUUUGGACACACCUACUCACUCAAGGGUUUUUAUUUUGACUAUUUUCUACAUUGUAUAAUAAUAGUGAAGACAUCAACACUAUGAAAUA